UUUUCGCAUCAAAAAAUGGGUGUCACAUGGGUUUUCGAAGCAGAACAAACGGCAAAAUCAGUGGAACGACUGUUGGAAUCGAUCGGAGGCGAUCUUCACGGAACAUUUAUCGUCGACGUCACCCCAUUCAAUCCGCCGACACCGAGUUCCGAUUAUCCGUCAAAUGUGGUGAUGCAUCACUCGAAAUGCCCACAAUCAACGUUUUCCAUUUGCCCAAAAGACACGUUCAAAAAAAGCCCGAAAGCUGUUUGUGACCGGGGAUUCGAUUUAAUUCUCAGCAAGCUCAGCAGUGGAUUAAUAGCCGAUAAUGCCGGUAAAAUUGAGAUAAUAGGCAAUGAAUACAGUUUGUACAAGGAUUGGAUGAUUCGAGUGGGCACAGCAACCCAAGGGACAACUGUCAAAGGAGUUGUCGUCGAAAUUGAGUACGAUCCGUCGAUUAUUGUGAUUCAGUGCAAGGAUAUGAUGAUCGAAUUCGUGAAAAGCGUCUUCAAUAAAUAUCACGAAACCCUGCCGGAAAUCUUCAAAAUCACUGAAAAACCGGAAAGUUACACUGCGCUCGACACCAUGUGGCAAUAUCUCGGAAUCGCGACAAAAUUACGCAAAAAAACUUGAUUUUAUCGAUUUUUUCACUGAAUAUUACCUAAAAUCUCACUUAUUAUAUGAAAUUUAACUUAUUUUUU